AGUUCAGGUUCUUAAAGCUGAGGCAGGCUUCCGAAGUCAUUUCACCAUCAUUGUGGAAGCAGCGAACAGCUCCGCGGUGCUGAAACGACGCUCGGACUGAAUAGCAGGGUUUUUAUUAUUUUUUAUUUUUUCCUGUUUGGGCACAUUUAAACUUAUCUGGCUAGAUUGUGGAUCCAGCCACGUGCAUACAAUUACAGUCUUUCAGAUGCCUUCUUUUUAAUCAUUUUAAAUCCUUCCAUGCUGUCUGCUGCUCAACAAUGGCUUAUGUUGUAACAAGGCGCUCCGAUCAAAGGUACGUGCUGCUCAUCAUUCUUUUAGCCCUCGUUCACCACCUAUCAGCCGCAGGGACACAUUACUCUAUACCCGAGGAGAUGAAAGAAGGAUCGGUCGUGGCUAACCUCGCUACUGAUCUCGGUCUGGACGUCACAACACUGACAAAGAGAAAACUGCGCCUCGAUGUAAUCUCUAACAAGAAAUAUCUGGAUGUGAACAAAGAGACUGGGGAGCUGUACGUUGUUGAGAAGAUCGACAGAGAACAGAUUUGCCCCACAAAAUCAUCAGUCUCGUGCUAUCUCCGGCUGGAAAUAACGCUAGAAAACCCCGUGAGAAUGUUUAACAUUGAGGUAGAGAUAUUGGACAUAAAUGACAACGCCCCGCAGUUCCGGAGAGACGUCAUUCAUUUAGACAUUUCUGAAGCGACACCGAGAGGAGAGAGGUUUUCUCUCAGCAAUGCGGUUGAUCCUGAUGUGGGAUCUAAUUCAGUGAAGACAUACCAUCUAAGUGAAAGUGAAUAUUUUAAUAUAGAAGUACAAACUGGACGAGACGGGUCUAAAUUUUCCGAUUUGAUUCUCAUAAAAACGCUAGACCGGGAGCAGCAGUCCGUUCAUAAUUUAAUUCUGACAGCGGUAGAUGGGGGAACACCUGCUCGUUCUGGCACAGCCAGUGUUAUUGUUCGUGUUCUAGAUACUAAUGAUAAUUCACCCACGUUUGAAACAAACAGUUUAACUGUUAAAAUCCUGGAGAAUUCACCAAUAGGAAGCCUUGUUAUUGAUCUGAGUGCCACAGAUUUAGAUGAAGGAUCCAACUCUGACGUCACAUAUUCAUAUAGUUUAUAUACAUCAGAGAAAACACAGGAGACGUUUAAUCUGAAUCCAACCUCAGGAGAAAUUACUGUUAAAGGAAUGUUGAACUAUGAGGAUUUCAGGAUUUAUGACAUGGAGGUGAUAGCAACAGACAAAGGAGCCAACAGCUUAUCAGGACAAUGUACCAUCAAGAUUCUAGUAGAAGACAUGAAUGACAACCACCCGGAGAUUUCUAUUAAAUCCUUCCAGAGUCCAGUGAGUGAAAACAUCAAGUUAGACACGGUGAUAGCUGUAGUUAGUGUGAGUGAUAAAGACUCAGGGGACAAUGGACUGGUUGAUCUUCAUAUUCCAGACAACAUGCCUUUCAAACUGAGGGAGUCCUCUGAUAAUUAUUAUGAGUUAGUGGUGUCAGAGCCAUUAGACCGAGAGAAGGUCCCAGAGUAUGACAUCACUUUCACUGUGACAGACAGAGGUUCUCCUCCUUUAUCUGACAAUGAAACAAUGACUUUAGAGCUGCUGGAUGUUAAUGACAAUGUUCCCCAGUUCCCCCAGUCUUUUUAUACCAUACGUGUGAUGGAGAAUAACGCCCCCGGGGCCUUGCUCAGCUCCCUCACUGCCUUUGACCCUGACCUCCAUGAGAACCAGUAUCUAGUGUAUUUCAUCCUGGAGAAGGAGAUCGCCAACACCUCCAUGUCCAUGUUGUUCUCCAUCAACCCAGAGAACGGGAACCUUUAUGCACUGAAGACCUUUGACUAUGAGAUAGAGAAGGACUUUGUUUUCCACAUCGAGGCCAGAGACUCUGGUUCUCCUCCUCUCAGCAGUAACGUGACCGUCCACAUCUUUAUUGUGGACCAGAAUGACAACGCUCCAUCUAUCGUGUCUCCGUGGUGUGAGCGUGGCUCAGUGGUGGAGGAGAAGAUCCCCAGAUCCACUGACAAAGGCUCUCUGGUUGCCAAGGUGAUAGCCUUGGACAAGGACUCUGUGCACAACUCUCGGAUCACCUACCAGUUCCUGCAGCUGGCUGACGCCUCCUUGUUCAGUCUGGACCAGUACAACGGAGAGAUCCGGACCAUGAGGAUGUUCAGUUACAAAGACCCGCGCCACCACAGGCUGGUUGUUGUUGCCAAGGACAACGGGGAGCCCGCUCUGUCUGCUACAGUCACCAUCAAGCUGCUGACAGUGGAGACUGCUGUGAAGGCCUACUCUGACAUGACUGAGAUGUCUCUGGAAUACGACAUCUUCUCAGACAUCAACCUGUAUUUGGUGAUCGGUCUGGGCUCGGUGUCCUUUCUGCUGCUGAUCACCAUACUGGUGACCAUCGUGCUGAAGUGUCAGAAGGUGAAACCCAGCAAAUCGGCUCCUCCCAGCAGGAACAGCGUGAUCAGUGAGAGGAACUCCACCAUCGCAGACUCCACUCUGGUGUCCAACGAUGCCUACUGGUACAGUCUGUUUCUAGCAGAGACCAGGAAAGGAAAGCUGGUGGUCAGACAGCCUGUGCCAAAGGGCUCCAGAUACAUCGUGUCCAGCAUCCCCAGAGGGACAGGACUGUCAGAGACCAGCGACUCAGCAGCUUCCACUCUGCAGGUAUGACAUUGGUGAAGAUUAGUUUAAAUGUAUUUGUAUAUCUUUUGGAAAUACAUCAUGGCAGCUUAACUCCCUUAUUUAAUUAUUUCUUUCGUCACGUAUAGUUUUUUCCUUAAUGGCAAGUUUGGAGUGACUUUUGAACAGAAAAAUACACACCAAAGCAAACAAAUCAGCUUACUCAUGAAACCCCAAAUCAAGUAAGAAUUUAAAAUUAUUUGAAAAGAAGAAAUCAUACAGAAUAAUCCUCUAAUCAAAACAGCAUACAUUUAAUCAAAACAAAACUGAAAUAAAUUUGAAUCAAGUGCAAUUUAAUCUUAACUCUCCUGG